AUGCGAGCCUCCUUUGUUCUUGCUACCGGCCUCGCCGCGGCAGCAGUUGGCCAAGCCAAGAGCGUGCCAAAGAAGUUCGCGUUCAAGCCCGAGAAUACCAAGGCAAUCUGGACUAAUGCCAUCCCGAUAGUUUACGGACUGAGCGAAUCUCAGCCGAACUCUGUUGGCGGAUCCUGGUGGUCAAGCUCGUAUAUCACCACCACCAACAACGAGCAAUACGUUGUCCUCGCCCACUAUCUCGACAAUCCGGUGUACACCUACUUCCGGGCAUCGACUUUGAACCUGGGAACCAACGAAUACCACCAAUACGUCACGGUGGGCAGCAGCACUCCAAAUAUCACCACCCUCGACGUCAGCGUGGGCAACAACGGGAUCAAGAGCGAGAGCGAAGACAACCUGUCCAAGCUGCGCUCCUACAGCAACCACCCCAAUGUUACCUUUGACAUCAACUAUGAUGCCACCACCGGUGCCGUCGCCAAUGCAGGCGCUGGAACCUUCCAGUUCGGCGAGGGUCUCACAUGGGAAUUCGGCCUCCCAAACUGCAAGACCGAAGGUUUCCUUACUGCCCACGGCGAGAAGCUCACCAUUGAUCCUUCCAAGUCGCAUACCUGGUAUGACCGUCAAUGGGGAAACACCGCAGCCAGCCCGUCCAACUGGACCUGGUUCCAGCUUCAUAUCCCCUCGACGGAUUACAAGAUCAGUGCAUGGAUCUUCUCUGAUCCCUUCAGAAACACGGAGACGCGGUUUGCAACCAUCCGAGGCGCGAAUGACGAGAUCCAAGUGCUGCCUCUCGAGGUCACCCCCAUUUACAAGAGGACAUACGAAUCUGCUACUGGCCACGUCACGUAUCCUCUGGACUGGAAGCUCAAGAUCAGCGGUUUCGGUGACUUUAAGCUGAGCAGCUACACCGAGGAUCAGGAAUUGGUGGGCGAAGACGCUCUUCAGACCGCAUAUGAGGGAUUCAUCACUUUCAGUGGCAAUGUUCAUUCCAAGCCAGUGCAAGGUUAUGGGCUUGUUGAGAUUGUCUACAGUACCUGGGAUGUUUAA